UGUUAUCUGAUUGUUUUGUUAUCUUUAGCUUAAAUGCUUUUACUGAUAACUAUUGAAGUGAUAAUGUUACUGUGUACAAUAACCAGUUUUCCGACAUAUUUUCGAGCUUUAACACGUGAUAUCAGCAUUGUAAAUGUUAUUUAGCCUGGCUGUUACCAACGUGAGUAUCAAAAAGUACCAGUAGAGGACAAUAGGAGACAUUAAUGAAGUAAAUAAUUUACAAAGUUUAUCAGUUUUUCCACAUAUUGAAACAGAGCUAUGCUUCGACUUUUACUGCUCUUUGGGUUUUUAAACCUUGGCAUCUGUCUGCCUCGUCAGUAUCACUUCAUUAAUGAGAAUAAAACCUGGACUGAAGCACAGAGAUACUGCAGAGAGAAUUAUGUUGAUUUAGCUGCUAUUAAUAACAUUGAAGAGGAACUGGCUCUUACUAAAUUAGUAGACAUCUGGGACAGUGGCCAAACCUGGAUUGGACUGUAUGAUGAUUUGACCAGCUGGAAAUGGUCUCUGGAUGAUGAUUCUUUCUACAAAGAAAAAGAAAGAAGCUUUAGAAACUGGUAUAUACAAAAACCGAGGAACUCAAAUGGAAAAAGUUUGUGUGUAUACAUUUAUGGUUACAAUUCAGCAUGGCAGGAGGCCUCUUGUUCAUCAACACUCUUUUUCAUUUGCUUUGAUGGUAGGGCGAAUGCGAAUAAGAGUUAUGUGGUGAUUUAUCAGUACAAGACCUGGACAGAAGCUCAGACAUACUGCAGAGAGCAUUACACAGACCUGAUCAGUGUGAGGAACGAGUCUGAAAACAAUAAGAUCAGAUCAUUAUUGUAUUCUCAUAAUAAUUAUUAUAGCAGUUUUUGGAUCGGCCUGUACAGAACCAGGUCUUGGUCAGAUAAAAGCAACUCUUCCUUCAACUACUGGAAACCUGGACAACCAGAUAAUUAUGCACAGAAUGAAUUUUGUACUGCUGUGGCAUUCAACAACUAUGUUUAUUAUUAUUAUUAUUAUAAUUAUUAUUAUCCGUCCAGUUAUGGGAAAUGGACAGAUGAAGACUGUGGCAAAGCUUUACCAUUCCUCUGUUACAGUACAAUGUCAUCAACAUCCCCUCGUCAGUAUCACUUCAUUAAUGAGAAUAAAACCUGGACUGAAGCACAGAUAUACUGCAGAGAGAAUUACACUGAUCUGGCAACCAUUGAUAACAUGGAGGAAAUGAACACACUUCUUAACACAGUAAAUGGCAGCUACUCAGGUUUAGCCUGGAUUGGACUGUAUGAUGAUCUGGAAAGCUGGAGAUGGUCUUUGGAUAAUGAUACCUUCUACCUGGAGGGAGAGAGAGACUACAGAGGGUGGUACCAUCAACCUGAUAACUACAAUGGAAAAGAGCUGUGUGUUUAUAUUGGUUCAGAUGGAACAUGGUUUGAUGGAAACUGUAACACAUAUUUGUCAAUUGUUUGCUAUGAUGGUAAGAAUACAUAAUGUGGAUAAACAAUAUGAUUUUCUGUUCAGGUUUUAGUGA